AUGAAUGGUCAUGUAAAGAGUAUGCAUUUUCAACAGUUUAUGGAACCAGCAACAACAUUACUCUCUCUCCUGCUGCUUAUGGCUGUUGAUUCAACAAGAACUGUGACAGCAAGCAGAAACCAGCAGUGUGGGAAUUUUCUGCAACAAACUUUGAAGCUGACCAGACUCGCACAUAAGGAAUCUGUUGAACUCAUCAAAACAUAUAAAGCCUCCCAAGGAGAAUUGUCAGAGCUUCUCUGCAAGGUGUCAGUGAGUGAUGUCCCUGAUCCCAACAUCUCCGGCAUGGAGCCCUCAGAGAGGCUACUGAGCAUCUACACACACCUCCAAGCCUUUUUCCCGCAUUUCAAGCGUGUAUACGAGCAGCAGACAGACUUACAGGAACCCACGAGCCCACUGUUGACCGAGCUCACCAGGGUCAGUGCUCGCAGCAGUGCACUGGGUACUCAGCUAAACAUCUUUUAUCAGAGUGUCUUCCCAAACCUGCCAAUACAGGAGCCAGCAGGGAGGCCAACAUCAUUACCUCCACCUCAGAACAUCUUCCAGCAAAAAGUCUAUGGCUGUGUGGUCCUGAAGACUUACAAGGAGUUCCUAUCAAAUGUUUCAAAAGAACUGAGAACUCUAAAAAGCAAAGUGUGCAGACGGAGGAUACAGUUUAACUCACUCUUCUGA